AUGAAAUUCUCCGCUGCUCUCGUCGUCGCCGCCAUGGGCGCCGCCCCCGCCGCCGCGCUUCCCGCCGACAUCUCCAGCGACCUCCCCCCCAGAAUGUUCAGCAACCUGUCGGGGCUCCAGUCCAAGUACGCCCGGGGCAUCAUGGCCCAGGCCAAGAAGGAGCACCUCGGCUCCCAGGGGUGCCGGGCGGGCAUCGCCACCGCCCUCGUCGAGUCGACGCUCAUCAUGCACGCAAACACCGCCGUGCCCGCCUCCUUGGCCUACGACUUCGACCGCCUCGGCCAGGACGCCGACUCCAUCGGGCUCUUCCAGCAGCGGGCCUCCAUCUACACCAACAUCAAAUGCAGCAUGGACGUUGCCUGCUCGGCGCACCAGUUCUUCAAGGAGAUGAAAAACGUCCCUCAAUGGAAGUACAUGGAUGUCGGCAAUCUGUGCCAGGAGGUGCAGCGCUCUGAGAAUCCAGAGCGCUACCAUGAGUUUAUGGAUCAGGCGACGGAGAUUUGCCAAGCGGCCGGAUUCUAA